AAAUUAACACACAAAAAUUCUGCAAUUUUCUCCGAAAAUCCAUUACUAGGGUUUUCUCCGAUUUAAUCUGUUUCUCUGUAAUUAUCUUUAGAAAACUUGGAGUCGAAAUUCUUAGGACGACGACGACGAAGAAGAAGAAGAAGAUGGUGACUCUCAAAACAAUAGCGGAGGCGAUCCAACAUGUAGACGACAAAAAGGAAAACCUCAAGAAAGCUUUUGACGAUCUUCAAGCCCGCUCCUCUCUCCUCUCUUCCUUUGCUCUUUCCUGGUCUGACAUUGACUCCCACUUCUCGUCUAUACAGAGUUCCAUCACUGAACGUUUCCAGCUUUUACAGUCGCUUGAUUAUGGUCGUGACUCGGUGGGUUCGGUCCAGGAAUUUGAGGCAAAUGGGUGCUCGAGUCUGCAACUUUCUUCAAAACAUCAGGAACGGUCUGGUUCCAGGGCCCCAUUGGGGGAAUGUCGAGUUGACUCAGUUCCUGAGUCGUCCAUGGUUCGGUCUCCAACUCAGGUCGUGGUAUCUAAUUUUGAACUCCCGGGUCAGAACGCAGUUGAAUUCGUAGCUCCUCGGCAGGAACUGAGGGAAUUUUGUGAGAAAAUGGAUGGGAAGGGGCUGAGGAGGUACAUAAAUGACCAUCGCGAAGAGCGGGAGCCCAUCAGGGUUGAGCUCCCGGGUGCGUUUCAGUGUGCUCCGGACCCAGGGGCUUUGGUGUUGGAUGCAAUAGAGGAGUUUUAUGUGGAGAAUUCAGGGUAUAGAGGUGAUAAGGACCCGGAAGUCGGUGGUGUGAGGAGGGUUUGCGUUUUGUUACUGGAGCAGUUGAUCGAGAUUGGAGCAAGUUUUAGCACUCAAGUUAGGGGGAGAGCAAAAAAGAUGGCUUUGGGGUGGAAAGGGAAAGUGAAAAUGAGUGGAGAGAACACCUUAGAGGCUCUGGGGUUUUUGCAUUUAGUGGCAGCAUAUGGACUGGGGUCUGAGUUUGAUGUGGAUGAGCUUGUUGAUUACUUUUUUGUUAUUGCCAAGUACCGACAAGGGAUAAAAUUGUGCAGGACAAUUGGUUUAGGAAAUAAAAUUCACGGUCUUGUUCAGAAACUUUUAACUAAUGGCAAAGAACUCCUUGCUAUCAGAUUUAUUUUUGAGUUUGGGCUAUCUGAAAAGUUUCCUCCGGUUCCUAUCUUGAAAGCUUAUCUUAAUGAGACUAAGAGGAAUGCUAAGAAACUUUGCAAGGAGGGAAAGAACACCCUUAAGUUACAGAACACUGCUGCAGCCAAAGAAGUUGCUGCCAUGAAUCAAGUGAUUAAAGUAAUUAAAGAAAACAAACUUGAAUCUGAGUAUCCACCUGAGGCCCUCCAGAAUCAUAUAGUGCAGCUAGAGAAGCAGAUAGAAAAUAGAAAACGCCUUUUAAGUGCCCCUGCUGCAAAGCCUCAGCAGCAGCAGCAGGGAAAGCGGAAAGGAAAGAGGCAGCAGGGUGAUAACAAGAGACCUAGAGCAGGUGUGCCUCUUGGUCCUACAGCUGCUCCAUUGAGUAUUGCUGGUGCUACCUCAACUAUCUCCUCACUCCAGCAGUCUCAUUUACAGCCAGCAGGUUUGUUGCCUGCUGGGCAUUAUGCCUUGCCAGGCUCCACUCCUACACUUGCCCCUUAUGUGGGCUCUUCAGCCGGGUUAUAUGGUUUGGCAGGAGCCUCUAUGGGGAUCCCGGGGACUUCAAACCCUGCUGUCUCUCAUUUUUAUUCUUCAGAAUCUCAAAUCUCAUCCUCUAGGCUGACUGCUUACAGUGGAUAUAGUUUACCACCUCAAUACCAUCCAUCUUAUUAUCCUCAGUAGUUUUUACUGUUCUGUCUUUGUCAUAGUACACUUGGUGGAUUGGUACUAUACUAAGGCAUUUGCCUAACAAUGCAGCACUUUCAAGUGGUUAUCAAGAAAGAAUGGUUGCUUUUUUGAUUGCCAUGAUUAAAGUGCAUAAUCUACUCUUGGUAAUUUGGUUUAUGUAUAUGGGGAGGCUACAUAAAUCUUUGUUUUUGGUCUAUUUCUUUGAUUGCCAUGAAUCCUUUAAAUAAAUUUCAUGAGAUGACAUUGUUCGUCAUGAAGUCGCAGUGCCGGUUAUAAGAAAGCGCACUUGCUUUCUUGAUCACCAUGAUUGUAGCAUAUGAACUGGAUUUGGUGACUGAUACUUUCCAUGUUCUGCUCAUUUUAUUUUCCCCAUUUUAUUUUUUCCUUUCUUUUUCUAUUAGGUUAUAGUUCUCUGCAAUUUUUCAGGGAAACACCUUGGGUCUUACCUGGCUCUUACCUUGAAGGGAAUGGUUUACCGUUCUCAUUUUAUGCAAGUGUCAUAUAUUUAACAAGAAAUGCUUCAUACUGACUUUGCUGGUACUUCCUUUAAAUGACUUUUUAUUAAACCUUUCUAAUUGGAAAAUUUCUUUUAUCGGCCUUUCAUCUUUGUUUGUUGGGGCUGGGGAGGGUAGUGGUGGUGCUGUUGUUAUUCCCUUUUCUUUUGAGGUUGGGGCCUUGGGGAGUGAGAAGAGGGUAGGGGCUCUGGUGGUGCAUGUUUUGUUGAUGAGGACUGCCAUCAUGGCAGUAUCCUUCACAAUAUUGUCUUCCUAAGACAUCUGCAUAAUGAUAUUUGAAACCCUGGCUCCCCCUCCUCUAAUUUCGCUUACGUGCAUGUGUAAACACACUCAUGGACAUGCAUAUGCAAAUGUGCGUGUACAUGUAUAAUAGACAUGCAUGUGCCUGUGCUUGCACUAUGUCAUUUCUAUCUCUGAAUGAGAUUAUCUCCGCAUUUAGUUUCAUUUACCAUUACCUUUGACUAUGUCAACUUG